AUGACAACACGGAGUUUGAAGGGACAAGCAGCUGCGCUCACGUAUCGGGGUACCCAAGACUCGCAAAUCGUCUUGCUUCAGGGUGGAAUUUCUAAAGACCCCAGCGAGAGGUUGGUGUUCGAUGAAGAUCAACGGGCCCUCGAUCUCUGCAACCUGAUUCGGGAUUUGGGCGUUGACGGUAUUGCGCGAAUGAACGCGGGCUUUGAGGUCUUGCUUUGCGACUAUGAAAAUGCUGGAGUAGAAUUGCUGCUCUCUAGCAACACUACUGUACCAAGAUCUCACAAACGCCAAGACGAUCCAACGCUCCCUAAAGAUCCGAAUCGUAUAUCUCCGCAUGGAUACGGCAAUGAACUCGGAACUCAAAGGAGUUGGGAGUGGAUAAGAAGGGGUACAUGGCAUUAUGGCGUCUCGGCCAACCAUGCCAGUAGUACGAAGGAAACCCGAAUCCAGUUGGAUCUUUGCAGCUUUUUGACCUAUUGCGACCCUUACCUGCGCAAUCUUAUCAACCGUGGCCGUGGUCUCUCAGGUGAUCGUAGUACAUUUCAGAACGGAUGGGGAUUUUGGAAAGGACAACGACUGACAAAUAUCUCAAAGCCCGAUGUCGAUACUGUGAAGGACUGGGUGAAACAACUGCACGCCCCGACCAAUCGAGCAGGGGCUCAGUGCUCUUAG